AUGUCUAAAAUCAUCCUCGUAACUGGCGGAAAUGCUGGCAUAGGUCUUGCCCUUGUCCGGCUUCUGGCAGAGAAGGGCCACAUCGUCUAUAUCGGUUCUAGAAAUGAAGAGGCCGGUAAAAAAAUCAAAGAUGAGCUUAUCAGUGAAGGAUUGACAACCGUCAAGGACGUUCAACUUGACGUUACUCAAGUCGCAAGCAUCCAAGCUGCUAAGGACAAGAUCGAGCAAGCUGAGGGAAGGCUCGACGUGCUCGUCAACAAUGCAGGCAUCAGCAGAAUGGAUGCUCAGCAAAUCGCUACAUCAGUCGAAGUUUCCGUGAUGAGAGAUACGAUGGAAACCAACUUCUUCGGACUCGUACAGACGACCACCACACUUCUUCCCCUCCUCCGCAAAUCCCCUCAGGCCGUUAUUUUGAAUGUCAGCAUGGAAAUGGGAUCCAACACACUCAUGUCACGCCCUGAAUACCAAUUCCUCCACAAAUUCGUCGCUUACAACACAAGCAAGGCUGCGAUGAAUUCAUAUACGGUAGCUUUGGCCUACGAGUUGAAGGACGCAGGUAUCAAAGUGAAUGCGGUAUGCCCCGGAUUUUGCUCUACCAAGCUCAAUUUCUUUGCGGAGGGCGGAAAGACCGCAAAGGAAGGAGCAGAGCUUCUGCUGCCUUAUGCCUUGCUGGACAAAGACGGAAUCACUGGCAAAUUUGUUGACUCGAGGGGCGAUGACUCCAUAUGGUAG